AUUGUAGAUGUCCCAUGCACGAGGACAAUUGAUGUCCAUACAUGUUGGACAAUGUGGUAAUCAGAUCGGACAAAGUUUCUGGAAAACUCUUUGUGAUGAGCAUGCAAUCGAUGGAAGAGGGCGUAUGACCUGUGAAGAAAGUCUUCUCGACGACAAAGAUGUAUUUUUUUAUCAGGCUGAUGACGACCAUUACGUUCCCCGUGCAGUUUUGGUCGAUCUUGAACCAAGAGUCAUCAAUGGUAUCAUGGCGAGUGAGAACUUCAGUAGACUCUUCAACCCCGAUAACGUCUACAUGUCAACCCAUGGUGGUGGUGCAGGUAACAACUGGGCGAGCGGUUAUGGGCAGGGAGGGGAAGUUUACGAGCAAAUUUUGGACAUCAUCGAGCGCGAGUCAGAGAACAGUGAUCAGAUGAAUGGAUUUCUGUUUACACAUUCUGUCUCAGGUGGCACUGGGUCAGGAAUGGGUUCAGUUAUAUUGGAGAAGAUACGCGAUAGGUUUCCGAAGAAAAUCAUCCUGACAUUCUCGGUCUUUGCCAACCAUGGCGAUACGAGUGAUGUCAUUGUUCAUCCCUAUAAUUCUGUACUUGCAAUGGAACGACUAAUUGAUUAUCCAGACCAUGUUGUGGUCAUCGAUAAUGCAGCGCUGAAUAGACUGGCAGCUGGGAAGUUUGAAACCCAGCAACCGACUUUUGAUCAUAUCAAUUCCUUGGUUGUUCGGAUUAUGUCCACAGCCACAGCAACAUUUAGAUUUGAUUCACACGUUUUGACAUCGAUACGUUCGCUGUGCAUAUCGCCAAUGCAACCCCUUCACUUUAUCCAAGCAGGUUUCUCGCCAGUUGUUGAUCCAAAUGAGUCGUUUACUAGGAAGACUUCAGUUGCCGAUGUGGUACGCAAUCUCUUGAAGCCCUCAUCUAUGAUGGUCUCGACUGCAAGUAUGACCAAACCGAACCAUUGUAUGCUUUCGGCUUACCUUUUCCUCCAAGGUCAAAUCUCUUCUACUGAUGUGAACACAGUGUGCUUGUCAGAGAAUCACUCCAUAAAUGCAAUUCGUCGAGCCCCAUGGGACUUCACAAAUCCUUUGCGGAUUUUGCACACACCUUCUUCUCCAUACAUCAAGCCUCAGUACAAAGUGUCUGGUCUUAUGUUGAAUAACAACACUAGCAUUGCUCCGUUGUUUGAACGUAUUCUUCAACAAUUUGCUCGGCUUCGAAGCAAAAAUGCGUUUAUAGACAGGUUCCAAAAAGAGGAAGGAUUUUCCGUUGAUAUGAUGGACAGUGCCGCGGAAAGAGUACAGGAAUUGAUAGAUCUGUAUGGAGAAGCGGAGAAGCCGGAUUUUCUUGGAUGA